AUGAAUCGUUCUGUAACCUUACUCCAAAGCAACUUGCUUUUUCCAUCUUCAGCCAAUCGAGAGUAUCCCUCCACCGAAGAUCGCAGUUCCGGAGCCGAAACCGCCGCUGCCGUCAUCGUCGGUUGUGGAGUCAAACGAUCUGGGCAAGCAGGAGACGGAGAACACCACCACAACAAAACCUUCAAAGGCGCCUCGGACUGCCGAGAGGCCGAUGAUGUUUACGGCGGUGGUAUUGUCGUUGCUAUUGAUACUGUUAUGGAUAACACUGCUGACUAUGACGAUGAUGAUGAUGAUGAUGAUGAUGAUGGUCUUGAGUUGCUGUAUUCCAUUCUCUUUCACUGCCCUUUUAAAAAGGAUCCUUAA